UGUCAUCAGGGCUAUUUUGAAAUGUACCACGAUUACCCAAUACCUUACAAGGCUCAGCUCUGAAGGGAUCUCGGCCUCGCGACAAGCUCAGGUCACAAGUGUGUAAGUGCCGGGAGGUAAUAUAUCACGAUGAUUAAAGGUUUAUUCGAUAUGAUAAUCCUUAGAAAUAUUAUAGAUGUGAAAGUAGUGGUAGAGCUCCUAUGACAUCGAUGUUGCUCGAGUGUUUAGGAUAGGUACCUAACGGACAGAUGAUUUGCUAGUAGCUGCUAGGUACGCCUUACUAUGCCUGUACGCUCAGCUUGAAAAUAAUGGCCGAAAUUGUUGCUGUUGCGAUUGAUGAUCAACGAUCAACGAUCAAAGAUUGGGCGAUCAAAACCCGCCAGCCCGUUAAUCGUCAAUAGCGUUAAUAGCGUGGUCUGCUAGUAUCUAAAUUGUGUAACUUUAAGUCACGCUUAUAACGAUUGGAACCUUGAGCUUACGGCACGCUAGUAAUUAACGACCCCCUUAGUUGUGAAACCGAAACUCGGUUCCCCACGGAAUAUCUUGAUUCUACCUUGACUCAUUACCUUAAUUACUUCGAACUUAUUCAAACACACCUUAGUCCGGCAUAAUUCGCCAUGCCAAUAUGAGAAAGCUUCGCGAUGAACCGACGACAGCAGCGGCGAUGGUGUCGUUUGGAAGAGAAACACGCCAAGCCCACUUCAACUUUGCUGCCUCCUACACUCCACUAAAUCAUGGUUCAUUCGGGGCAUUCCCUUCGCAUGUUCGAGAGUACCAACGGAGAUUACAGUGCGAAACGGAAGCCAGACCGGACACCUUCAUUCGCUUCACUUAUCCAAAACUUCUCCGUGAAGCAAGGGACACGGUCGCUCCGCUCCUAGGAGUAGAAACGGACGAAGUGGUAUUCGUCCCGAACGCUCUCACCGCGGUGAAUACCGUCCUGAGAAAUUUGAGGUAUCAGGAUGGCGAUGUCAUACUAUAUUUCAGUACUAUUUACGAUGCCUGUCUCAAGACCAUAGAGUCUUUAGAGGAAACUACCGGGGUCAAAGGACGCAGCAUCGAGCUGGUCUACCCAGUUGAAGAUGAAGAGAUCCUUGACAAAUUCCGCGCAGCAAUCACCGAGAUUCGGAAUCAGGGGAAGUCGGUCAAGUUGGCUAUGUUCGACACUAUCCUCACUUUCCCAGGAGUGCGCUUCCCGUGGGAAAAGUUGGUGUCCAUAUGCAAAGAACAUUGCAUUUUAAGUUGCAUUGACGGUGCGCAUGGGAUAGGUCAUAUAGAUCUACGUCAUCUUCCUCGCGUCGGACCAGAUUUCUUCAUCAGUAACUGCUACAAGUGGUUCAUGGUACCUCGUGGGUGCGCAGUAUUAUAUGUGCCUUAUCAUAACCAGGCCCUGAUUAGGACGACUUAUCCCACAGCAGAAGGGUAUAAACCAGCCAUACAACGAGAAACACAAUCGCAAAAGAGUUAUUUUAUAAACUUGUUUGAGAAGGUCUCUACAGUAGACACUACACCGUACAUCUGCGUCAUUGAAGCAUCGAAGUUUCGAGACCAAGUUUGCGGGGGUGAAGAGAGGAUACGUGACUAUUGUAUAAACAUGGCAAAAGAAGGUGGUGAGUUAAUGGCGGCAAUGCUAGGAACGAGUGUCCUUGAUAAUAAGGCAAGGACACUUCGGGAUUGUUCUUUCACCAACGUGAGGCUGCCGCUAGAAGUGACAGAGGAAUCAGAACGGAGGCAUGUGGGUAAGGUGCCUGUGACGGAGGCGAAAGCAGUGGCUGACUGGAUUACCAUAACGUCGGUAGAGGAGUUCGACACCUUCAUAGCGACUAGAUAUUACGCAGGCGCGUUCUGGGUUAGGAUCUCUAGUCAGAUUUAUCUUGACCGGGCUGAUUUCGAGUGGGCUGCUAAUGUCCUACUUGAUCUCUGCAGUCGAGUAAGAAGAGGUAUAAGGUAGACAAGCAUGAGACCAGACGAUACCCCUAGAUAUGGGGAUUCUCACAAAUAUCUUCAUUGAAAAUAAGGAAUAGGAACGUGUAGUUUAAUUUGAGUACAAUGCUUUAUUUGGGUUACACCGGGUUAACGAUUAUGAGACUCACAAAGCUUACCCGCAUCUCACGAGAUGCCCUCGGGAGAAGUAAAGUUGGAGUUGCCAAUAUUCAUGAUUCGGUUCUCACUGUGAUAAAAACCCACUCCCGCCAUUCCAUAAUUUCCCUAGAUCUAGGCACAAUCUCCGCCCUAUAUCAUUUUUUGGUAUGUAACCUUACCCGCGAAAAAAAGCCAUCGACCCUUGAAGAUAAAAUCUCUCAUGCUGAAGACAGUGUAUUCAAGUAGUCAUAGGAGUUCCAGCAGAUUGCUUCCACCUACCCCGGUUACCUACCUAGGUAGGUAUAUUUCAGAGAAUACGGAACUUUGGUUCGAUACACUAUGUCAUAUUAUUCCCCUAGUCAUGUAAACAGCAUCUAUAAACAGAUAUUUAUAUCCAA